UAGCCGUUGGGUGUGUGGUAGGUGAAACCGUGCGUGUGAUGUGGGGGAAGGAUUGGGCAUUAACUGCUGCAGCUAAAGGCUUCUUAAUCCACCUCCCAUCAGUGAUGUGCUUUCUAAGCUGGAGCACCAGAAUUCUAGGGGUGCCUUACCUGUCUAAAACUGUUUGCAACAUGAAGGUCAGCCGUGGAGGCGGGGGUUGGGGGUGCUGAAGAUGCUGUGCCUAGGGGCAUGGAAGGUGUAUCAUGCUAUAGAAGCACGAUAACUUGAUUAGCCUUUCCUGCCCUGAUGGGGACUCCCUGUCUUGUCUGACAUCUCCCAGGAAGUCAGGCGUCGCCCUGAACCUUAUACAUCUACAAUGAUCUCGGCUUCUUUCGGUCUCCUCCUCCUCUGGGAUGAAAUGGGGGCAGAGGGGAAGGUCUAUGGGUCUCUCAGGGGCCGGAUUCUAGCUUGGAGAUUCACAAGUGUGAAUGAAGGGGAAAUUGCUCAGUUCUCAUAGUCUGUGGCCAGAAGGGACUGGCUGUUUUGCUUUGUGUUGUAUGCAGCACCUAGCACAAUGGGGGCCUUGUCCAUGGCUGGGGCUCCUUGCCACUACUGUAAUACACCUAAUACGCCUGGCACAAAAGGGUCCUGGGGCUAUCUAGGCUGUUUAGCCCAGGCCAGAGAGUCCCACCCAGCCGUUCCUACGUCCAGCCCCUAUCUGGUGGUCGAGCUAGAGGGGAUUAAAUGCCAUCCAGUCUUGAUUUAAAGUCUCGAGUGAUGGAGAUUACUCCCCUCCCCCAACCCCGUGUUCCUGGGUCAGUAGUUCCUACGGUUAAUUCUCUCUCUGUUUAAAAAUGUGCAUCUUGUUUCCUGUCUGAAUUCGUCCAGAUCUACGUCAGCCUUUGUCUGAUGCUUUACAGAGCCCUCCCCUCGCAGAAAUCUGCCGCCUGUGUAGGUACUUAUAGACCAGGAUCAAGAGGCCUCUUUACAUUCCUUUGGAUAAUUACACUUGAGCUGCUCUGUGCAGCAUAAAUGGCCCUUAAAGUGGGGGAAGCAGCCUUCUCCCACCCCCACCCCUGCAGGGGUCUUCCCCAGCCUAGGUAGAACAAGCAUUAGGGCCCAGCAUUCUGGCCGAGGGGGUGGCUCGGGGGCAUGGCUGAAGCACACUGCGCUAGGCCCAUUUCUCUGCUCUCCAGGGCCCAGGGAGUAUGGAAGUUAGAGCAGCCUCGGGGUUGCUCUGAUUUGCUGGGAGCCGGGCAAGGCCCAGAAUGUGGGGAGAGCAAAGGAGAUUUCAAGCCACCUCUUCCCUCCCUCCCCCCAUCCCUGCCCCUAGUGCAGGAAUGGGAGAGAUGUAAAUCCAGCCUGAAGCUUGCUGAAUUCUGCAUGCUCCCCAUGGUUGUCUGCGCUGCAUAGGGUGCAGCUCUUCCCCAUCAGCCUGACUCUUUCCUUGCUUCCAUGUUUCAUUAGUCCAGGGAGCGCCAUCUUUUUGCAGGCAGGCAGGCAGGCUCUCCCCCGGUCCCUGAAAUGAUGUCGUUUUCCUAACGCAGCAGCCAGAUCCUCCCCAUCUGUGGAAAAAGCCCGUAGGAGACUGCAGAGAUAGCGAUAGAACUUGGGAAUUCCUGGCUCCCAGCCCUCUGUUCGGUCCACAGACCGGUUGGAAAUUUCCUUUGCAGGUACAAGAACCUGCUUCUUAAUGUUCAGGCAGCUCGGCGUAGUGAGAGCACAGUUAAGAAGGGUAACGUUUAAUGGGCUUGGCGGCCGGAUGGAAACGUCUUCCUGAAGGGCCCCUCAUCUUGCCCCACUGAAAGAAAUUUGUGGCAGCUCAGCAACCAUCCGUCUGUCUUCCCACCUUGGAAUCUAACCCUGACCAGCAAAAGGUUUUGACAGGAUUGGCCGGACCCGCUCCCGGGAGGGGCAGUCAUGCGCCCCCUGCCGAUGCCCAGGCUUUGCCCAGAUGCCCAGGGAUCCCCAAGACGCUCGCGGGGAUUGUGAAGUGGGGGGGAGCUGGAGAUGCAGAGGGACAGAGAGGCGCAGAGCUUCAGCCCGGCUCCUCUGGAAUCUCGGAUGUUCUCUGUGGGUCGUGGGGAGCCGGCACCCGACGCGGCCGGCUGCAGCGUCUGCACAGCCUCCGUGGAGAAACGGAUCAGGACCGAGCAGGCCUGCCGGCUGCACGAGCGGGUCCUGGACUCCCUGUCCCGCUUCCAGGACUGGCUGCGGGCGGCGGAGCUGUGGGCUGCCUCCCCCGCUUCCUCCCAGGUGCCCUUCACUGUGGCCAAGGAGGAGCUCAAAAAGUUCGAGGUGCUGCAAAGGCAGAUCCAGGAGAAGUUGCACCAUCUGGAGUCCUUAAACAGGCAGUACCGGCAGCUGGUUCAGGCCAAUGGCAUCAGUUUGCAGGGUCGGCUCCGGGCCGCAGUCCAGGAGAGCAACCAGCGCUGGGACAACCUCCAGAAACGAGCUGCUGCCAUCCUCAAGAGACUGAAGUAUUUUGUCAGCCAGCGGGAGGAGUUUGAGUGGGAGCGGGAGACCGUGCAGGUAUGGCUGACGGAGCUGGAUCUGCGGCUCACCGAUGUGGAACAUUUCUCUGGGGGCAGCUCGCUCGAGAAAAUGAUGGAGCUGCAGGAGUUCCAGGAGGCCGUGCGGUCCAACGCGGAGCGGCUCGACUGGCUGCUGGUGUCCGGCGAGCGGCUGAUCCAGAGGAGCGAGCCGCAGGACGCCGAGAUCCUGGAGGAGGAGCUGCAGGAGCUGAGCUGCUACUGCCAGGAGGUCUUCUGGCGGGUGUCCCGCUUCCGCCGCCGGCUGGUCAGCAUGAGGCUGGUCUUCGAGGACGAGUGGCUGUCGGACCGAGACACUGACGUGGAGUCUGACUGCUUCACAGACGUGUCCCCGGAGCCUGAGGGAGAAGCCAGGGGGCCCCCUCCCGCCGCUUGGAUCUACCAGUCCACCCCACACAAGGCUCUCUGCUGCCGGCGCCGCCAUCCGUUCGGGGCUGCCUGCGGGGGCAGCCUGGACCUGGAGUGGGACCCCUCGGUGGACGUGGGCGGGUCCACGUCUCAUGACGAAGAGGAUUCAUCGUACUGCAGUGCCAUCACGGGUGUGGGCCAGUGGGAGGAGCCGGGCCGGAGGUGCAGCUGCCAGCUGGGCAUGCCCGCCAGCUGGCCGGCUGGAUGCGGGAGAGGCUCCGGCCACGAGGACCUGAAUGGGGAAACACAGGCGCAGCUGGGCUUCCAGGACGGGCCUUGUCUCUCCCUGGCGACCAGAAGGAAGGUGGAAAUUGUCUGGGGCGGUUCCGGGAAUGCCCCUCAGCGGGGCAGCCGGCAUCCCCCGGGCCUGGCACUGCGGGCCGAGGCCUGCCGCCAGAGAGAGACGGUGGGCUUUGACCCCGGGCGGAUUGAGAGCUGGCUGGGCCAGACCUGCGUGGAGCAGGGCAAGCUGGAAGUGAUGCAGCCCUGCAAGAGGAGUCAGGCCGGUCCCGGCUCUGAGGAUGUGGCUGUCGUCAUUGAGAAGGGGCUGAUGUUGCAGCCCUUGGCUUUCUCAGAUCAACCUCGAGCAGGCUCCAGGAUCCUGGUCGGAAUAAAGAGGCUGCUGCUCUCUGCAGCUGGGCUGCUCCUGCUCCUCCUGGCCGGCAUCUCCCUUCUCUCCCGCGCUGAAACGCCCUGCUACACCCGGUCCUUCCAUUUCAUGCUGAAGUACGUCAACGGGCCGCCUCCUACGUAGGCGUGCUGGGAAAAUGCCAACGAGAGCCCACGGUUUCCCCAGUGCCGGGGGCAGCUCCAAGAGGUAGGGGGCCAUUUCCCACCAUUCAGUGCCGUCCUCAGGUGGAUUUUCCUUGGGCAUCUGCCCUGCCACCUGCUUCUGAGGAAGAUACCAACCUCCCGGCAUGCCCAGCUAUGCAAGGAGCCUGCCCAGGAAGGAAGCACUUUUGGAUCCUUCCAGAGACUUCGGAAGAAGCUCAUCAGUACUUUCAGAGACCCCCAGAGCUGACCCACACAAACCCAGAAGCUUACGGCAGAAAGGAACCUCAAAAAAUCAGCUGGUCCCACCACCUGUCCCAGAGGCAGGAGGCUGCAGCGCGGCCUCACUGGGCACGGAGGUGGAGAGAAACGCCAGAGCCCAGGGGAAGACGGGAGGCUGGGGGGUACUGCCUGGAGGGCAAGGGCCAGACCCACUGCCUGCUCCCAGCCAGGGAGAAGAGGGGCCGAGGGAGUCUGCUGCAGGGAAGCCGGGUUGGGGGAGCCACGAGGGAGUGGGGGAGGGGGCGUCCCGCCCAGCCAGCCAGGACGUGGGGGGGGAGGCCAGCUGCUUGGGUGGGCGGGAACACCCCCGAGCAGCCGCUAGAGCAAGGGGCCAUGACGCUUGCCCCUGGCACGUUGGCCAGUGCAGCAUCCAGCACCGAGCCCCCCGUGACCCCGACUCAUGGGGAGCUUAGUGGACACUGGGCCCAGGCCCCUGCUCUGGCCUGGGGAGAGUCCAGCUCCAGCAGAGAGGGGACCUCUGCCCCACCCCCACCUGGACACCCCAGGCAUGACCCCCUGGCACCCUUGGGUGCCGGGAAUAGCGAUGCCCUGGGUGGAAGUGAGGCCCCGUGUGCUCUGCAGGCCUGUCCUCUGGAGCCGCCUGCAGCAGGACACGCCAGCCUGGUACCCGCCAGCUCAGCGCAGUGGCACAGGAUCGGCCUGCCCCACCCACCUCCUUGGCACUGGCUCCCACCCAGGUGGGCGCUAUGGACCAGGCAGAGGGUGUGGGAGGAAGUGGCAUGGCCUGUGCCGCUGGUAAGGGUGGCAUGUGCCAGCCAUAGACGCCGCGGGCAGGCAGGUGGCGAGGAAGCAGCGAAUGAUCAGCUGGGCGGGCAGCGAAGGGAGCCCGGUGGACAUGGAAGGGCUCCGGUGCUCAUGAAGGGUGGUGGCUUGGCCAGGCCAGUGUGCCCCCUCCCCCGUGUCCCCCACCCUCUCUCACCCUUUGGAAUCUGGUUGUUGAGUUUCUGUACUAAUUACUGCUAAUAAAAACACCUUCCUGCUGCAGGAGCUC